AUGCUGCCGAAGCUGCUGAACAAACGCAACAGUUGCCCAGCACUGGACCCAGGACGACAGCCCAACGCGGGCAGCAGAAAAGAUGAGGAACAAGCAGACUUGACCCUGACAAAGGGUCGACCCGGGAGUAUCAAGGUCUUGUCCGAGAUACGCAGUGCCAUCCGAGCAAUCAGACAAACCACGUACAAUUGCUCGGAUAAUUCCAACAUCUUUGAGUGGAACCAAGGGCGAUCCUCAUCCCCGAAGGCAGACAGAAAAUAUGUGAGCCAUGGCGUGAGUGGGAUGGCAACACCUAUUCCUUUGCACAAAGGCAGGGGUAUAUCGCCCAAAGCCCUGGCUAAGCGGCUCAGAUUUGACAACUUUGGAGCUUCGCCAAAUGCAACAGUUGUUCUUCGAGGUUCUUCUUUGCGACGGCGAACCUCUCUGCAAGCUAUGCCAAGCUCUCCCACCAUGCCUCUUGGUGAUGCUGUCAGCUCUAUUUCCUCGCUGGGUACCGACAAGUCGUCCGUCGUUGGAAACAAUUCAACUCGCAAAACAUCAGUGGAUUCUAGAGCUUCUCAAUCAACUUCCAACAAAACUAGUCCGAAACGACGUCGGAGCCGUAGGCAUCCAUGGUCCAGAUCGAGCCCAGAUGCUGGUGCGUUACAAACCAUCGACGAAGGGCUCUAUCAGCCACAGCCCACGAUCCUCACCGUCGAGAAAGCAGCAGGCGCCAAGGUGUAUCUGGAAACUUACUUCAAUAAUCUUCUGAACAAACCGGACGCUCGGACUACUCGCCAACAAUAUCUUGAAUCUCAACUCUACUACAGUCCGCAUUUGGAUCUGGCUGAAAAGGAGGUCAUCAGGCGAUCAUUUUAUUAUCAAGAGACGUGCCACUCCAGAGAGACACGAGUGAUGAGAACAAGAUCCCUUCUUUCUCUCGAUCGUCAAGAAUUGUCGUACGCGGAAAAUUAUGACUGCCUCAAGGUGCUUGGCCGAGGCAGCUUUGGGGUUGUGAAAUUAGUACGUGAAAAGGCCAAUGAGGCACAUGCGUUCCCUCGGCAAGUUUUUGCAAUGAAGGUCAUACGAAAGUCGGAGAUGCUUCGAAGCUGCCAGGAAGGACAUUUAAGAGCAGAGAGGGAUUUUCUUGUCGCAUCAGAAGGUUCCAACUGGAUUGUUCCAUUGGUAGCAAGUUUUGACGACCUGACAAGUCUCUAUUUGGUGAUGGAAUACAUGCCAGGUGGAGACUUUUUGGGUCUACUGAUACGAGAAAACAUACUUCCCGAGUCAGUCGCAAGAUUCUAUAUUGCUGAGAUGAUUCUGGCUGUUGAGGAGGCGCACCGACUCAAGUUCAUUCACCGCGACAUCAAGCCCGACAAUUUUCUAAUAUCGGCAUCUGGGCAUUUGAAGAUAUCGGAUUUCGGGCUGGCAUUUGACGGUCAUUGGUCUCAUGACCUUUCGUAUUACAACUGUCAGCGGUACUCCUUAUUGGGCAGGCUGGGUAUCCGUGUGGACGGGGAUGCAGAGGAUCGAAAGAAAUCUGUCAAUAUCAGCUCGCAAAUACCCUGGCUGCAAGCAAUGAAGGAUAUCUUGGACCGCCAUGAACGGAAAAGUAGCAUUGGCAUCAUUCUAUAUGAGUGCCUCUAUGGGCAUACUCCUUUCUUUGCCGACGAUGGUCGAAAACAGACGAAGAGUAACAUCCUGGACCACAAAAAGAUCUUCUCGUUUCCACAUCGACCUUUGGUCAGCGAUAGAUGCAAGGACUUGGUAUACCGGCUGAUCCAGGAUAAAGAGCUCCGGUUAUGCUCAAGGCGGUACCAAAUGAAAGAUCGCUGCCAGGUUGACAAUAGGCGAUACACAGAUGUUUUUGGGAGGCACGUAUUCCCAGAUGACGCGGAAGAUAUCAAAUCUCACCGCUGGUUCAAGAAUUUCCCCUGGGACCGUGUUCAUGCCAUCAACCCGCCGUUUGUGCCGCACAUUACCAGUCUUGAUGACACACAUUAUUUUGACGAGUCAGAUCCUUUUACAGAGCCCAUGGCUUCAUCUGAAAACGAGCCAGCGGAGCCGACACAUGACCAUAUUCGCUGGGUGCUUCGAGAAUGCCGACCUGUGGUUCAAAAUCUGGCGAUCGAACUGAUUGCAACUCCAUACGAUUCGGCAAGACUGCGUAGUGCUGAUCGCAGGAUUGACAGAGCAUUCAAUAUGUCUCCUGAAGAGCGUAAGACCAUCAAAACAUUCAUCCGCAUGUAUGGGAGAAAAGAACGAAAGCGACCUAGAGACAUAUUGUUGCGAGAUCAGAACACCAAAACAACGGCCCUGGACGUUAGAAAGAAGACGGCGUUCAUAGGGUAUGCUUGGCGUCGUAUGCGUCCUGGAGGAUACAUGACGCCAAAUCUGGGAAAGUACGAGAUGACCGAGCUCUAA